AUGUGCCGGGGGGAAGAGAAGAGGCGUGAACUGAGGCUCGAGGAUGUCAUCCACACGGUGGGACCCAUCGCCCACGGAGAGCCCAGCGCCAGCCAGGCUGCCGAGCUCCGCAGCUGCUACUUGAGCAGCCUUGACCUGCUGCUGGAGCACGGGCUCCGCUCGGUGGCGUUCCCCUGUAUCUCCACAGGAGUGUUUGGCUACCCCAACGAGGCGGCGGCCGAGGUAGUGCUGACCGCGUUGCGCGAGUGGCUGGAGCAGCACAAGGACAAGGUGGACCGGCUGAUCAUAUGCGUGUUCCUGGAGAAGGACGAAAACAUCUACCGGCAACGCUUCCCCCACUACUUCCCCGUCGCGUGACGGCAGCCUGCCGCCUACCCUGACCAGGACUGACUCGUCUGGGCCUACCGGACCGCGCUCCCAGCUCUAAGAAGUCGUGGAAGCCUGCAGCAGGGCCUGACUUGGCCACCUUAUUCUUUCCCUCCACCCCCUGCCCCCUCAGCAGCCUCUAUUCUAAUAAAGACCACUACUGUUGCA